UUUUGUUUUUGUUUUUCGUUUUCGUUUCAGUUCAGUUUACGCUCCCCUGUUUAUUUGCGAACCAUCGCUCAUUCCGCCCGCAUCGCCAGCCCCGCCCUCUGCGCUCCGCAGCCCCCACCAAUGGACGUCCGGAUGAAGUGCAGCAGCGAGGAGCCAGUGUCUCCGGAGCAGAUGAUCCCGGCGAGCAGCCAGCGCCUGCUGCAGUUCACCAACUGCCGCCUGGUACGCGACCACCGGAUCAUCCACGAGGAUCUGUGGGUUCGCGACGGUCGGAUCGUGAACCCGGAGCCUGUGUUCUUCGACGAGCGGGCCAAGGCCCAUUGUCGCAUCGACUGCGGAGGCGCCAUCAUCGCGCCCGGCUACAUCGACCUCCAGAUCAAUGGUGGCUAUGGCGUGGACUUCUCCUACGACACGGAGACCAUCGAGGAGGGCGUGGCCACGGUGGCACGCGGCCUGGUCAAGAGCGGGGUCACCUCCUUCUGUCCCACGCUGGUGACCUCGCCCAGCGACAGCUACCACACCAUCCUGCCGCGCAUUCCCGCUGAGGUUCCCAAGGGCGCCGGCAUACUGGGCAUCCAUGCGGAGGGUCCGUUUAUCAAUCCGCAGAAGAAGGGCGCGCAUCCGGAGCACUGCAUACAGACUAUUGAUAAGGGACUCAGCACGCUGAAGGAGACGUACGGCUCGCUGGAACGCAUCAAGAUCAUCACCCUGGCGCCGGAGAAGGUCACCGAUCCGGAGGUGAUUGGCCAGCUGGUGGAGCGAGGCAUCACCGUGGCCCUGGGCCACUCGAUGGCCUCGCUGAGCGAUGGAGAGAGGGCCGUGCAGCAGGGCGCCACGCUGAUCACGCACCUGUUCAACGCCAUGCUGCCGUUCCACCACCGCGAUCCCGGCCUGGUGGGACUGCUGGCCUCGGACGCAGUGCCGCACGGUAGGACCGUGUACUUCGGCAUCAUCUCGGACGGUGUGCACACGCACCCGGCGGCACUGAGGAUCGCCUACCGCACUCAUGCGCAGGGCCUGAUCCUGGUGACGGACGCCAUAUCGGCGCUGGGCCUCGAGGAGGGUGUCCACCACAUCGGACAGCUGCCGCUGCAGGUUAAGCAGGGCAAGGCGUUCAUCGCAGGCACAGAAACGCUGUGCGGCAGCAUCGCCCCGAUGGACGAGUGCGUGCGGAUCUUCCAGAAGGCGACCGACUGCUCCGUGGUCUAUGCCAUCGAGGCGGCCACCUUGCAUCCAGCACAGUGCCUGAAGAUCGAGAAGCAGAAGGGCACCCUGGACUUUGGCUCGGACGCGGACUUCGUUCUCCUGGACGACCAGCUCCGGGUGCUAUCCACCUGGAUCGCGGGCGUGUGUGUUCAUAGGACUGUCAAGUAGCGCAUCGAAUGCGCGACUGUUGCAAUUGUUUUUAUUUACCUGAUGCAGGAUGUAUUCUACACCGAAGAUUCUCCAAAUAAAUUGUUAAACUUAUACAUUCCAA